CGAGCCUCGCUCGGUGUGUGUUUCGUGGCUCGGUCUUGCCGUCGCGUCGUCGUUACCAUCGCCCCUCGUCUGCCCGGCCGCUCGUUCCGCCGCGCGCAUCGGCCGUUCCGCGCGCGUCCGCAAUUAAUUCCGUUCGCGAAUCCGUCCCGCCCGACGCCGACGGUCGUUCCGUCGCGCUCCUGCCGCCGCCGAACGAUCUCGCGCUCUUUCUCUCUCAUUCUCGCUCUCUCUUUCUCCGGCGAAUAGAAAAGGAAGAGAAGACGCAGCAGCAACGGCGGCGGCGUUCAUCGAGUUUGUGUGGCUCGCGCAGCGCGUAUCCGUGUGCCAGUGUGCGUGACAGUGUGUGUAACUCCGGUGCGUGUAUGUCGGCGUCGUCGUCGUCAUCGUCGACGCCGCCACCAGCGUCUUCGAAGAGGAAGAUCGCUGCAACCUCCUCUGCUCUCCGUCUCUCUCUCCUCCGUUCGUUUCCCUCCGUGUAGCUCGGCGUUCCCGACGUUCCGCGUGCUCCGACUCUCCUCCUCGCGCGUCCUCACCGUCGCCUCGCGUUACCGCGACGCCGAGCACACCUAUCCUACCUGCCCACAUCGUGCCACAUCGGAGUCGGAGGAGCACUACUGCGUGCCGCUCCCGUGUGUUUACGACCGUUGCGUCCUCUCUAUCGCCGUCUCGCUUUCCUCUCACCUGCGCUCCUCGCCUGGCGGCCUGGCGCGGACAGGUGUCCCGUGGAAGCAGCGGAGGAGAGCCGACGUCUGCCUCUCUGUGAUAUAACGUCGUUGGCCUCGCCGCGCCUCGACGCUUCUUCCCGAAUCCUGCCGAGAAACCGAGCCCUCCACUGCCCGACUCGUCAUCGUAAUCAUCAUCAGUGAUCGUUCAACAUUGUUCUCAACGUGCUCCUCAAGUACGCAAGUACAUACGCGAUCGUGCGGUUCCGCGUCUCCUCGUCCGUUCGUUCGUUGUGCAAGAGAGUGCGUGUGAGAGCUCGAAAGCACGAGGCGGAGAAAAUUUUUACGCGUAAAUCGAGGGCGAAUUACGACACGCUCCAGUACCGCCGUCGAUGUUUGUCCUUGGAGGUUAGUCAAUCGGUUGCCCGGUCCGUGAAUGGACGAUUCUCUCUGCGUAGUCUACGAGUUCUCGUGCUCCGGAGUCCGGACUCGCUCGUUCAGCCCGAGAACGAGGCUGAGGGAAUCCUUCUCGAGAAGUAUCGAUUGUACCGAGUGAUGAUUGUGUCCAGUGUACUCGAGGGUGCGAUCGUUUGUGUCGGAAAUUUCUAUUCGCUAGUGCAAAUAAGGCAGCGCAAUUAAUUAUCUAAGAAACGUCGGAGAACACGGGGACGCGAAGUUUUCUCGGAAAAUAGAUUUGUGGAACCAAAGAAGUGAUCCAUCUCUUCUUGGUUCUCUUUUCAUUGUUUUAAUUAUAACGUCAGGGCGUGGUUAAUUAAUUAAACGUAACGAUACGACAUAGUGUGAGCUCGCUCGAGAGUAAAGGAAUAAUUCUUUUUAAUAAGGUUGUAAUGUGUUAUGCAAUAUUAUAUGUGUUAUUUAUUAUAUUCUAAUUUAGUCAAAGAGAAAGCAAUAUACGAUAAAUAGAGCACCGUAUAUGUAUAUUUAUUGUAUGCGUCGUGUAUUUAUAUUAACGUAAACAAUAGCCGUUAAAAAAGGAAUCAUUAUCUUUUUACAUAUAUAUCAGGGAUAAAGUUAUUAUCCUAUUUUAUGGCCAUGCGUACUUUCAUUAACGUGCUCAGUCGUUUUAUCCUUCACAAUAAUUUUAUCGUUCAUAAAUCUGGUCGUAAAUCGCGCUGAAGUAAUUAAAUAUCGAUGGCCGACGUUCCAUGUCGCGCAAAAAGCAGCAGCUUCCAUAUCCUUGUGCAAAAUGCAGAACUGCAUGAUUCGAUCUAUCACCGGAUGAGGCCGGCCUCAGAAAAUUCAUACUUCCGUCGAGCCACACGCGAAAAAUUUUCUUCGACCGUGCUCUGCGUCUCAUAAAAUUCUGGGGCGAGAUACAGACUCGGUCAAUUUGAAACAUAUCAAAAUCCAGAGAAAUUUAAGUAACUUUUCAUUUGAAAUUAAUGACAAAAUGCCAUCCACAACCAGAGAUUUAUUAUUUAUUAGUUUACUAACUUUUUAUUCAUUUAAAUCGCAUUAUGCGUUUAAAAGCAGUACCGAGUUUUAACGAAUAGAUGCUCUCGCACGCACUGAUUGUCACUUGUCACGUUAUUAAUAAUCACUUAACGUGUCCGGAUAUUAUGGACAUCAACAUGAAAUUCGUUAUCAGUAAUUUAUCUGUUUUGCCAAUCCAAUUAAUAUUCAACGUAUCGUCUUGCACGGAAAAAGAUUGCAUCUUUGCCACGAUUUUCCGAUAUAGUUUCAAGGAAAAGUCGUGGGACUCGCCGCCCGUUGUAUAAUCGCUGGGUGUUCGCUCGCGAACACAAUGCGCGCCAUUCAUGACGGUCGGGCAGUGGCUCCAGUAGUUAACUUUUCCUCGUUCGCUGAUGCGCAGGGACCGCGACUCUCCUCCAGUCAUCGUCGACCGUCAGUCGCUCCCGCCGGUCCUCCCGUGUGUGAGUAAUUUUCCAUAAUGUGUGCCAAUCACGGGGAAUUCCGUUGGAAAUAGCCAGUGACUCUCCGUGAGAUCUGUCCUAGCACAAACGACUGUUCGUACACUGGUCUACCUUAAAAACCUCGGUCAAAGCGCUCAGUGCCAUAGUCCCGAUAAACUAACAACGCCGCUGUCCACGCCACGACGGAACCUCUGUCUGGAACGUGCAAGAUAAUUGGACCCAUCAGCGUGCGACUGUCGCGAGUAAUCAGUCUGCCGAUAACUGCCGGGAGCGUCAUUCGAUCGACGUAAUAAGCGCACGGGCGCUUAUUAAACCGACGCUCGAAAAUCGUCACUAUACGCACGACGCACGAACCUACAAGCGAGGCUGGGAAUACCCCGGAACGAGUGCGUGUCUCCGGCUGCGUGCGUGACCCGUCGCACGCACGACGAUCAAAUGCGCGCCCGCCCGGGUGUGAUCGAUAACUCUCGAUAGCUCGUCGUCUGUACGCGACGAGCGAGGAGCACGUCGUCGUCGCGUGGAAUCGAGCACGUGGGUGCCCGGCGAAUCUCACCGUCGAGCCGUGGAGCCGCGAACGAGAAGUAGCGAACGACGACGCGAGCCGCUGCCGCCAACUCCUGGAGCAGGUACACACCGGGAUGCGCGCCGCGUCGAUAGGGUCCACCCGGUAGCUCCGUUGCCGGCCCUCGUAGCGAUCCUCAGUCCGUGGCGCCGCAAGAGACGGGGACGCUGCAAGGAUCAUCAUCGCCGACCGUCAUCCAGCGCGAUGUCCAUACGCGUGAGCGGCGUCUACCUGGUGCCAGCGGCCAGUCCGGGCGCCACUGACAAUGCCGGCAACGACAAGGGUGGCAGCCUCGCCGUAGAGGGUAACCUGCACCACCACCAUCAACAGCAGCAGCACCAACAUCAUCACCACCACUCGACGACGAAAACGGUGACGAUCGUGACGGCGCCGCAGCGCAGCAACAGUCUGGAUUAUCUCAACUUCGAGGAGAAGCGGCAGAUUAUCGCGUCGUCCCUGUCGUUGAGCGACUUCCUGGCGCAUGGACCGACAGCGGCCGCAGCCGCCGCCAAGGAAGUAGCGGCGAACACGGUGAUAGCGAAAAAGCAGAAUGGUGCUGCUUUGCGGACAAACAGUUUGGGUUCGGGUGCGAGAACGCCGCCGUUGGAAAGAAAAAGUAAAUUCUCGGCCCUCGGUAGACUCUUCAAACCUUGGAAGUGGAAGCGGAAAAAGAAAUCGGAUAAAUUUGAAGCCGCUUCACUAUCUCUCGAGAGAAAAAUCUCGGUGCGUGCCAGCAGAGACGAGUUGGUGCAGAAGGGGAUAUUGCUGCCCGUGAUACGGUCGACGUCGUUUCUGGAAAAUGAAACGAUAAGCGAUCCGGCGGCGGACGCGCAAAAACCGCCUACGCCGCAGCAAACGCCUCAGCAGCCGCAGCAGCAACAGCCGCCGUCGCAGCAUCAGCAGCAACCAUGCGGCGGCACCGUGAGCACUGGGGGUGGCGACGGUACCCCCGUGGUAACACCCACCUCCGCCAGUAACGCACAGCAAUCCCAGCAAUCCCAGCAAGCGGUGCCCUCGGUCACGCCGACCUCGACUGCCAAUCCGCAUUCUGGUAUAGGACCCCCCAGCAGCAAUCAACCGUCGCCCCAUCCUUCGCCCCUGUACCCUGGGAUGCCGCAGCAGACUGGACAAUCCAACGGUGGCACACAAGAGCCGAAGAAGGAAAAGACUGAACAGAGUGCGAAUGGCGCGAUAUCGCCGAGCGGUGGCGAGCCGCAGGCCGCCAAUCUCGGCUCGGCCACGACCGGCCCGGCGGCGCCGGUCACGGGCCCGGUCCCGGAUCACGGGGACCAGCAAAAGCCGAACAGGCCGAACACCCUCGACGCCAGGGUGGUAGCUAGGAGGCUGAUCUUGUUCGACAUGGACAAGGGGGUGCUGGAUCAGAGUGCCGACAAUCAGCAGGUGAUCGAGAGGUGUUACCCGUUACCAUCUCAGAAUACCACCCUGAUGUUGUCGGAACUCCCAGAACCGCCGAUUCCAUUAAGUGAAAUCGGCCCGAUUCCACCCCCGCCGAUGUUCAGCUCUCCGAGUCCCACCCUGCUGACGAGGCAACGGCAAAUCCCGCUCUCGGAUUGCGAGGAUGAGGUAGAUGAAGAUGACGUCGACGUGGAGGAGGAGGACGACAACAUGUACGUCUUCAGGGUGUCGCAGCCGGACCCGUCGAUCGACACGUCCCGUGUCGAGGAGAUACCGGCAAAGGAGCCCAAGUUCCACGCCGUACCUCUGAAGAGCGUCCUGAAGAAACGGGGUUCCGGAAGCGGACCCGGCACGCCACAGAACACGCCGACACAGGAGAACAGGCCGUUGACGCUUCGCCAGGAGCUCCAUGCCUCGUUCAAAAGGCCACCGUUGAGGCCUAGGAUGAGAAUAUGCAGUCGACCAGUCAGAUUUGGCCUCGCUCUGCCCUGCACGCUCGAGAACAAGGAGAACGCGAGGCCGUACGUCAUCAGGGAGGACGCGGACGGCGAUUCCGGCGACGGGCAGGUGCUCUACAGGGACGACUACGAUGACGAGAAGAAUUCGACACCUUCUGUCUCAACAGGCCGUUUGGCAGCGAAGAUCGCGCGCAAAGAAUCGCUUUCGCUGAAACUCGCCCUCAGACCGGACAGACAGGAGCUCAUCAACCGGAACAUCCUUCAACUGCAGACGGAUAAUGAAAGGCAGGAGACGAAGGAGGCAAUUGGUGCCAAGCUCAUCAGGCGGCUAAGCAUGCGGCCAACCCAGGAGGAACUCGAGGAAAGGAACAUUUUAAAAAAGCAAAGCCCGGCCGAGGAGAAGAAGCAAAAGGAAGAGAAGAAGCGCUACCUCCUGCGGAAGCUGAGUUUUCGACCGACCGUUGAAGAGCUCAAGGAGAAAAAGAUUAUCAGGUUCAACGACUAUAUCGAGGUAACGCAAGCUCACGAUUACGACAGGAGAGCCGACAAGCCCUGGACGCGGUUGACUCCGAAGGACAAGGCUGCCAUUAGGAAGGAGCUGAACGAGUUUAAAAGCUCGGAGAUGGCCGUUCACGAGGAAAGCCGACACCUCACCAGGUUCCAUAGGCCAUGACAAUUGCAAUGUGUUGAGGUGCUACAGUGUGGUGCGGGUGUAGGUGAAGGUGCAGUGUGGUGGUCUCGUGUUGAGGCUGGGUAAAAAAGAGAAGAGAAGAAGACAUCGGGGAAGAAAGAAGGAAUCGUCGCUCCGGGAUUUUUGAGAUCGGAGUGCGCGAUACUCGUCCGAUCGGUGACGGUGAUUUCUUUGACGUUGCUGCGUCGUGUCGUCACUCGUCGUUGCCGCCGCCGUCAUCAUUCGCCGACGCUUCCUUCCUUUGUCAUCGCGUCGUUCACACACGUCAACAACGGCGAGCGCCAUCGCGACGUCGACGAAGAUUGUGAUAGGGCGACCCGCCGACCCGCCGAGGUCGAACGGCCGGGUCGCUCGCCGAUUUCUUUUCUCAAGGGUCGUUCACACCCGCGCUCAGCGAGAACAGCUCUCCGCGUUUGUCGACGUCUAUCCAGCAGCGAAUUCGAUCGGACGGCAGUGGCGCACGCUGGUGCAAACCGAAAGCACGUUCCGCGCUAAUUUUAUUCCGAGAUUUGUCGCGAGAACAAUUUGACGCGAGCGAUCAAUGAUGUCAACUUAUAUCAUAAUCGAGUAAUGUGAUAAUUUUUAAUUGAACACAGUCUCUUGCUGAUCCGAUCCGCUUACGUUUUACGCGUAGCUUCACGAAGAUCUUUUGAACGUGCACCAGCGGCGCGCGUCGGUGCAUCGAACUCGCUGUAAUUCCUUUCCCCCUUUGACGUCGACGAAAACUUGGUAAUAGAAACGAAGCGUUUGUCACUCUCCGCAGAUAUAUUCUUGAAUCUUGACGCGCGAUAAAUUCUAAGAUGGAUGCAUGACGCGUCUUUACGAGUUACCUUCCUCCGCGCUGAGCGACGUCACUGAAGCUUAAAACUGCGAUCUAUCGUUAGGUCCGCUCUCGGAAGCUUGUGAAAAUCAAAAGCCGCUGUAUAGUAGAUAAGACUUUUUUAUAGAAACGCUCGGUGUGCCAGCACAUUUACUCCGAAUAAAAUAAAAUCAGAAGGCAAUUCUGAUGGCAUGUCUCGUAAUCAUAAUGUUCCGUGUUGUGGAUUUUAUAGAUUGUUUUUCGUUGUUGUACAAUAUAUUUGAAAAUCAUGGGAGAUGUAGAAGCGCAAGAUCAUGUUUUUAGCGAUAGAGAGAGAAAGAGAGAGAGAGAGAGAGAGAAACAUUUUGCGUAAUGGGAACGCAUGUUACACGCGCACCGACGCGCGCUAUGUAUAGAUUAUUACUAAUCGCGUUCCUUUCUACGACGAAGCGCGGGACCUCGGCGAAUUCCAAUUCCAGAAAAUGGCGCGAGCGCGCGUGUGAACAUAUCCUUAAAACGCAUACGUGUAAACACCAUUUUGCAAUCAAGCUAGCUCAUCAGUGUCACCUGGCAUCGUCGUAUACGUAAACGUCUCUCGAGUUUCGAGCCAUCGUAAACGCGUUAAUAUGUGAUACACGUCUUAUCGAUAUAUCACGAAGAAAAAUACUCUCGAACCCAUGUAACGAGUAUCCGAGGAUCGGAAGGGGAGGUACAUCACAUUUACUGCAAGCGUCAUCUUGUUAAGUAACGUUUGCUAUAACAAUGAGUUGGGUUUAGUUUAAAAACAAAGGAAAAAAAGAACGUUUUAGUAUUAAUAUUUUUAUACGUUGACGAAUAAAGAAAGAGGAGUGGAGACAGAAGAAGCAGAGAGAGUUUUCGCAAAAUCGUUUCUCGAUGUAAUUCCUCGUUUCUAAAACGGUCAAGAUUCCGAGCAAGAGAGAAGGAGACAUGUGAUUUACCAUUAAUUCCAUUGUUUUCGCGCACGAUCUCGGUGCGAUCCGCCGAUCCGCGGGCCGCGAAGUGUACUCAUUCAUUUACCCAUUCAUUCGUUCACUUGUGAACUCGCUAACGUAAUCGUGCAUAGCAUAACCGUUAGGCUCUUCGUACGCGUCGCGCGAGGAAUGAAAACAGCCAUCAUCAGUGUCUACGACAAUCGGUCGACUGCUCGAUCGACAAAAACUGUUUUCCUUUUACUGCCAGGUAUCACUCUCUCGUGGAGCUGCCUUGAGGAGCAAGCGCUUACGAUUACUAUCUAAAUGAAUUAGAUGUUACUCCGCUUCUCGCGGGAAUCAGAGAGAUGCAUUGUGCAAUUAAACUUUGUACAGGAGUAUACAUAGUGUGUACAUUAGUGACAAUGAUAUUAUUGCUAUUAUUAUCAUUGUUAUAUCGAUAAUAUCGCUAUAAGGACGCUCUGUGGUCCUCGUUAAUUUCGAUCGCGUGCGCCUUUAAUCGCGGCACUGUUGUCAAAUUCAUCCGAAGCGGGAGAAUGUCGGUUGUCCGUUGUGUUCCGUGCCCGUCGAGCUCGUCGAGUGUGAUUUCAGUUUUAAUUCAGACGAAUCUAAUUUCACGGUAAAACGGUUGCACGUUAAACGCGUUAUGGUUGUUUGUGUCGCGAAAAACGCAUUUACUGUAACGAUAGUAGGAGAUACACGAAAUUGAUACUUUAGCGAAACUUCCUCGGUUAUUCUUUCCAAUUGUAAUCUAAAUGAAUUACGUGUCGUUAAAAUGAAAUCGUAGGGAUUUUUAUUGUCGGUUCAACUCGCGCUCGCGGGAGCCACGGAACACCAACGGCGAUCAUUCCGCUCUUGUAAAAGCAAUCUGGUGGGUCAGCAGUAAAUUAUAGCUCUAAGUUAUUAGUCCUGUCUGCAAUAUACAGACAGGGAAGAAAAUUCAAAUUAGGCAGAAUUAGUAGUAAACUGACGACAGUCUCUUAGUGUUUAAAACCUCGUUCGGCCCGUUGUUCUAAUCGGAAAACGAAACGAGGAGAAAGCGGUCGCGUCCAUAUCCAGUCGCGGCGUUCUCACGCAAAUUCGCAAAUUUCAGAUUCGUGUAGCUGAUCGAAAGAACGAAGUCCAACACGACGAAGGAGAAAAAAGAAAGGAAAAGGGAAAUGAGAAAGGACCGGAAGGACACGUGCCUCGAUGUGCGAUGUCUUGCACGCUUAUCUCUGGAAGCUUCUUGCAUCCCUCCCCGCUUGCCCUACCCUAGUUGUGCGGAAUUGACCCUCCUCCUCAUGUCACCAUUGACGCGAUUCGAGAGAUACAUCGCCAGUCAUCCUUCCUUCUGAAGAGCGACGGCGAGACCAAAAAGAGAGCUUGCGAGCUACCGAUCCUGCGCGCGCGAGUGAGUUUCAGCGCCGCGCAGAUUCGCCGCAGCGAAGGGUUAAGUAAACGGAAGUCGCGGAAUCGAGAAAUCUACUUUCCUCCCCUCGUUUAGAGAUCCUAGUUUUUAACGAUCGUCCAAUGGGGUGAGAGGAUCGGUGUGUAACGUGUCGAUCUUUCUCUAAACCCGUCGGUGAACUCAGCUGUUCGAUAUUAAUUCGUCAACUUCGAGGUCGUCGAAGGUAACAAGGACAAGACACCUACCUUCGGGAAUUACCGCGAAGAAACACGUCAUAAGGAACGUCAUAAAAUAAUGAGCAGGGAGAUUAAAGUGUCUCUCUCGUUCCAUUGGUCGAGCGCUGUGGCUACUAUGUAGUCGAAUAAAUAUAUCCAAUUUCCGGAUUGCCUGGGCCGGUAUGAGUGAAUGCCCGUGCGCGAGUGUAUGCGUGUGAAUAAUACGAAAAGAGAGAAUGAAAAUGAAAGAGAGAGGGAGAUUACGAAUAAAUAUUUUAGGAGAGUGGUCGAAAUCUGAAUGAAGUGUCUCUGCCGACAGUGUUUUCCCUGAGCCUGAGUUAUGUCCGAGAACGUUUCUUUUGUCACUCUGCAUAUAUUUUAGAAAGGUGCUACUUGAAUGAUUAUGAUAGUAAAAUUAAUAUUAAGCAUUUUUAAUGAUUGAAAUUUUCGCGAGCUAGAUGGAGUAAAAGAAUUGAUUCCGUCAGUUAAUUUCACCUUCUUGCUUAAUAAGAAUCUUAUUUAAGGAAUUUAAUUUAAGAUUCAAUUCGGAAAAUUGCGAAUAAAAGAUUAGGUAAUUGCGACAAGUUCCUCAAGAUUUGUCGAUCGAAUUUUCGGUCAAAAUUGGAUAAUUUUCCAAAAUAGCUAUGGCAAUAACUUUUCGAUGUAAUGUUACCGUGUAGAAAUUUUAUGUGCCAGUAGUAAAAUAAUCUUUGCAUCGAGAUUAAAAAGUUGGACAAUUUGAUGUGACGUUCUCGAACAUAGCUUCAUAUCUCCGCAUCUGUUCGAAGCGUCCACUCUCUAAGCGUGGAACAAAAGCAAGAAAGGUAGGAACACGAUACGCGAAACAUAUGUCUAAUAAUGAAUAUGAUUUUGUGUACAUAUUAAUAAUAUAUAAAUAUAUAUAUAUACAUAUACAUAUAUUCGCGCGGAUAUUGUAAAACACCGUGAUAGGAGAGCCCACUGCUACACGCUACACGAUAUUACGCAAUGUGUAAAACGUGAAUAAUUAUAAAUACUAAUUUUUAGAUAACGACGCGCUCUAAUGCAAAACAAUACACCAUAUACAUAUAAAUACUAUACAAAUAAAUAAAUAUAUAUAUAUAUAUUAUAUAUAUAAAUAUAUAUAAAUAUAUAUAUACAUAUAUACAACGCGACACGCAGUAUGUGCAUUUUCCAGCACAGAUAGUCGGUAUUUUGUGUACAAAACUGAAGACAAUUGUUGGACAUUCUCUUGGAGUUUCGGGGCCCGCGCAUCACGGCACGGGGGCAAAGGGACGGAGUUACAUUCGCUCGUGGCGAGUUGCAAUUGGUUCUCCGUUGCAAUUGCAUGCUGAACGAUCGAACGACGGGAGAUGAUCGGCCGAUCGACGGCGCGGAACGGCACGGAUGCGCGUCACGAACCAUCGAACCCGUAGUUACUUCAUGUAUCGUCGUCCUAUCUGAAUGUAAUAAUAUUAUCGUCCAAGUUUAGCGCACUCUCUCCCGUUCGCCUCAUCCCGCACGACGGACGCACGCGUCCGUGCCGUUUCCUCCUCGCGUUUCGCAACGCGCGAGUGGACCAUUUAUUCUGCAAACCGGAUCCGGAAGUGCAACGCCAGGCGGAUCACAAUCAGCAGAAUCCUUCGAAGCUUUUUUCUGAAAUUUCCAGCGUACUCUGUCCACGUUCCUCCAUCGAGAAUAGAACGAAACGUUUCGCUCAAGAAGAACAACACACAGAAUCUCCGUAACGCUUUUGCUGAGGGAAACGGCCGAGAACAAUACGAAUUUCGUUGCCUCGCGUUUUGCAGAAUAGCAGAGGUCCAGCGCGGUGUCCGUGGUCAGGCAGUCAGAUUGUAGAAUGAGAAGAAAUAGAGGAAGGGAAAGGAAAGCAAGGAACGGAAGUGAAUUUUUGUCGUAAUCGCUGAACCGUGUGAACGAACGGGCAAUUCUACUUGUAUCAUAAUAUCUUACAAUAGUGAAGCAUUGUAACGACAGUAACACAACAAUAAGGAAUAAUAGUAAUUUAAGGAUGAUCAUGAGAGAGAGAAAGGAGAAGCGCGCGUGUGAGAGAGAGAGAGAGAGAGCGCGAGAGUGUAUCAAGAACGGCGGCGCGACCCGGUGGUUCCCCGAUUUAUCGGCGACCCUGCGACGCCCCCGAGGAACCCCGAGAUCGCGACCGCGAAUAUAGGGCUUUAGGGCGCUUUCACGCGGGAUACUCGUCGCACGAAUCUCUUCGGCCAGUUUGCCAAAGGGAAGAAGCGGAAUCGUUGUCGUCGCCGAUCACGGAACUGGUCCGCGCGGGUUGGGAAAUCGGUCGCCUCGAGUAUCCGGCGCGAUGGCAAGCCUAAGGAUUUUUACCAAAAUGACCCCCCGCAGGAUAGAAGCAGCUGCAAUUAGACGUAAUCCGAAUUUCGUUCUGUUCCGCGGGCAGAGAUCGCGGCGGUCCCCAAAAGCGACUAUCGAACGGGGAACGGUGCGCGGGAGUCUCGCGAGAUUCGCGAUUCGCUGGGUAUCACGCAACGGAAACGCAGUCGCAGGAGGACUCAAUUGUACAUACAUGCGUACAUGUAUAUUUCAUAUACACAUUGAAUAUAUAUUAUUUAACGAAAUAAUAUAUGUUAACAUGUAUAUUAAAUACAUAUAUACGUUCGCGUUUCCUCGGACGUGAUCCCCCCGCAAUUUUUCAUCCCGUUUUCGUUUUCCUUCUGUUCUUCUUCUUCUGGUACGUCAAGAUCGUUUCCGGGACGUGCGAUGGACAAAGUGCCGGCUGCGCGCCUCUCCGCGAGGGAAGCUGAGAUGAUCUCCCCGCCUCCCUUUAUCGUCGCGCGGGAAUUAUCGUUGAAGCGCGGACGUUGAAGCGUUAGGGGCAGACGUUUGUUGAGGACAAUGUGCGCAGGAGGAGUGCCUGAAUAAUUACCUCGCACUGCUCUAACGACUACUGGCGACGUGACUAUUCGCGCACUCCACGUUCGCAUCAUUGACUCGUGCUUUGCACAAUGUUCUUAAGAAACGUCUCACGACGAACGCGUUUUUCCGUUUCUCUCCGUUCAGUUUGUUCGUCGGCGUUUACCUGGACCCCCCCCCCCACCCCCUUCCUUUGUAGCAUCGUUCGGUUCGGAACAUUCGGCCAGUGAUCGAUUGCUGACGCGUUGCACGGGACGUAAUCUUGGGAGGAUAAAUUGUAUUAUAUAUAUAUCGAAACCGAAAGAUCCUCUAUAUAUGUAAGAAUAAUAAUGUAUAUAUGAUUAUAUAUUACAUACACACAUACACAUACAGACACGAUAAAUUCUCUUUUUGAAUUAAUUGCACUCUCGAGAGAGCAGCUGUCCCCCUGAUUCAAUGAUAUGGAAUCGUAGCGCACCGAGAACCGAAGGGAGAAAUGCAGAAUGUCUGAAACGAAGAGAUUCACGGAUAUAUAUAUAUAUAUAUAUAUAUAUAUAUAUAUAUAUAUGUAUACAUAUAAAUAUAAGGGAAAAAAAUGAGAGAAAAAGCACACUAUUCUCGCAUUCAUUUCGGAAGACGCUGCGUUUCUAAACCGGAUACAUUAUUGUUUCGUUAUUAGUUUGUACGCACUACGAUUAUCGCAAUUUAUUGUAUUAUCGACGAGAUACUGUAACAAACAAAAAUACUGUUAACUAUUCUUAAAAAAAAUUAAAACUUUUGUAAACUGA